CCAGGGUUUCCAGACUAGAACAAUGACACUUGAGAACGUCACCAUGUUUACUGAAUUCGUCUUCUUAGGACUCUCGAGCAGACAGGAUGUGCAACAGGUCCUCUUUGCCUUCUUCUUUCUAGUUUAUGGCCUAACUGUAAUUGCUAAUCUGGGGAUGAUCCUGCUGAUCAAGCUGGAUUCCAGGCUGCACACACCUAUGUACUAUUUCCUGAGCAAUCUGUCCUUCUGUGAUGUCUGCUACUCCUCCACAGUCUCUCCCAAGAUGCUUGCUGAUUUCUUGUCUGAACAGAAGAGGAUUGCUUACAAUGUGUGUGCUGUUCAAAUGUAUUUUUUUGGAGCAUUUGCAGAUGUAGAAUGUCUCAUGUUGGCUGUCAUGGCCUAUGACCGUUACGUUGCCAUCUGCAAUCCACUGCUCUAUACGAUUGCAAUGUCUAAGAAGGUCUGUAUCCAGCUCGUGACUGUCGCCUAUAUGGUAGGCUUAGUGGACUCAGCAAUCCACACAUGCUGCACAUUCCGAUUGUCCUUCUGUAAUUCAAAUAUCAUCAACCACUUUUUCUGUGACAUUCCACCUUUGCUGGCCCUGUCCUGCUCAGACACGUCCAUCAAUGAGAUAGUGAUGUUCACCUUCAUUGGCUGUGUGGUGGGGUGCAGCAUUGUCACUGUCCUUCUCUCCUACUGCUACAUCAUAGCUACCAUCUGCAGGAUGAACUCUGCUGAGGGCCGACAGAAAGCAUUUUCUACAUGCGCCUCCCACCUCACGGCUGUGGCUAUUUUUCACGGAACUCUCCUUUUCAUGUACUUCCGACCCAGCUCAAGUUACUCAAUGGAUACCGACAAAAUGGCCUCUGUUUUCUACACAGUUGUGAUUCCUAUGUUAAACCCACUAAUCUACAGUUUAAGAAAUAAGGAUGUGAAAGGGGCUCUGAAGAAAGCAAUCAGUAUUAACUUGCAGUUUGGAUGAAGUUCUGUUUUGCAUUUCAAAAUGAGUAGAAUGUUCUCAGACUGAGUUUA